AUGUCUGUUUCGAUCGAUAAAGACACGAAUUCAUUGAUCCGUUGUGUCGUGAAUCCGGACAGAUUCGACUGGGAAAAGCGGUCUGUGAAGGACAUACUGUGUGGUUUGCUCGACAACUACACCUCCAAUGACUUUCAAUUGUUGUUUUUGGCCGUUUUGGCUCACGAUAAGGUUCAGCCUUUCCAGAUAUUACUCGAGUAAGGACGAAUGACAAAUGUUGUUUUCAGUGACGAAUUUCAAAAAAGUACAAGUUACGAAACCUGCUUCAUAAAAUGUCAUUAAACAGAGUUUAACAACUUAUUUUAGGUUCAAUCUGAAGAAAACAAACCUAUGGUAAUAUGUUUGGUUUUCAGAUGUAAUUUGAUAGAGAAGACCGAGCAGAACAAUGAAUGUUUGUUGUUCAAAGUAAUCGAGAGUAAGGCCUUCAGAUGCCUAAAGGCCUUCUUGAAAUUCAUCGAACCAGAUUCUCAGUCCCGCAGCGUAUUAGCCCUGCAUAAUAACAUCACCUCCAUUCACUUGGCUGCCCAAAUUGGUGCUCCAAAACUACUCAAGGUAAGAGGGUACAAAACAUAGCAUACAGAUGUUGUAAUAGAAUAUAAUCUUGCUUGAAAAUACGAAAAGACCUUCAAGGCUUUAUACAACAAGUUUUAUAAUAGCGUUGGUUGUUUAAGGUCCUUCUGGAGGUUGUGAGAGACGAGAUCAGCGAGCUAAUGUCCGACGUAUACCAGAGAAGCCCUUUGCAUUACGCCGCCAUAUCAGGAUCACAUCAAUGUGUCGAGGAAUGCCUCGACUUUGGCUUUGCCGUCGAUAAAAAAGACAAAUUCCAUCAAACUCCACUUAUGUUCGCCGUAGGCAAGGCUCACAGUAAGGGCAAUUCUAUUUUCACUUUACAUUUCCACUCAAAAAUACAAUUUUGCAAAAGUAAAAACUACAUUUGUAUGAUAUUGUUGUACGUUAUUACUAAGUUCACAUGUUUCAAACGUCAUGCUUGCAGACAACAUAAUCCAACUUUUGGUGCUGAAGAAGCCGGCUUCAGUUUCAGUUCGAAACAAGUUCAAUGGAAUGUCUGUACUUCACUUGUGUAUCUUGAACAACAACAUAGAAGGUCUCAAGAUCAUACUACAGUAUGCUCCUAAACAACUGCUUGAUGUAAGGGUUUUGAAGAUUAAUAUUAUACUUAUAAAGUAUCUACAAAGUAACCUUAACAUUGCAGCAACUAGACGAGAACACAAGAACACCUUUACAUUACGCUGCUUUAUAUAAUCGGAAGGAAUGUGCAGCGCUGCUACUGAAUCACGGUGCAAACAAGAACGUGACUGACAAAAACUAUGCUUAUCCAGCACAUUACGCAGCACAGCACAGUCUGGCUACGCUCAAGUUGCUUACAGCUGGUGUUAAGGAUGUAGGAAGUGUCUCACUACAACUUCAUAUAAUAACUCUUAAGAACUAAUAUAAUAACUCUUGAGUAUUACCAAAAUAAAAAACUCAUGUUUUAGGACCUGAGGGACAACAAAGGUAGGACAACAUUCAUGUGGGCAGUUCUUGCUCAAAACAACGAGAUCGUAAAGGCAUACCUAAACCGAGAACUGUCGAUAACAGUAGACCCCAACUCUCAUGACAUGAAGAAGAAGACAGCGCUACAUCUGGCAGCUCAGAAGGGUUACCUUCAGAUCUGCAAGCAGCUUAUCAACGCUGAUCCACCUUGGAUCUUGGAGGUAAUAGUUUAUGGUUUUUAAUGUCAUAUCUCCAUUAAUUCAUUCGUGUUAUACGACUGGGAAUUAUUGAUGUUUUACAUGCCACAAAAUACUUUUUUAUUUUGUUAUAUCAGGAAUUACUGUCACCUUUUACCUAAAAUGUUGGUUUUAGCGAGAGGACUGGAACCAAGCCACGCCAGUCCACUUGGCUGCUGGAGGAGGUCACAAUCACUUGUUGGAGUUCUUCCGCUUAUCUGCUGACAUCGACCUCUCCAAUAGCUCUCAAGUGUAAGUUAUACAGCAUGUUCCAAUGUUUUAUAUAAUGAUAAGAAAGUAAACAUUUCCCCAAAAUUUUAUGACUUCAAACUAAUGUAGCUCACAAAAACAUUGAUGUUAUACCUAUUUCAUUGUUAUCUUUAUAUUACUUAUAAUGUUCAGAACACCCCUAUUCUAUGCCUGCUUGGGAGGUAUGGCGCACACUGUACAAGUUCUGGUCGAGACGUAUAAGGCCAAUGUGAAUCACAAGAACAACAUCGACCAGACGCCUCUACACUGUGCCGUGUUCGCCAAUUCUUUACCGUGCGUUGAAGUCCUGAUCAAACUCCAGGCCAACCGUUUUAUGGUCGACUUUAAUCGCCGCACACCGGUCGAACUGGCAGAACAACUAAACCACAAACUGAUCAGUGAUUACCUCGCUUCCUAA